GUGUGGGCACGUUUCAAAGCUCUGCUUCCUCCCCGAGGGGGCUUUGCUCUCCAGCUCUCUCACGUGGUCACUCGAGGGCCCCAGGGCUGUGUCCUUCCAGAUUCACGGUCUCCUCGAUAUCUCAAGCCCAAGUCCUGAGUUGAGUCCCGGUCUGGGGACUCAGAGGAGAGACAAGUUGGGUUUACAUUGUUUACUAAAGAGAACUGGGAGCAUUUUUGGAGCCUGGUGACAUCAAAAGGAAAAACAUAAACAACAUGAAGGUGAAGGACAAAAUUUGACAAGGACUGACAUUCACGGAGAUGAAGAACUGCUCUGAGGUGACUGAGUUCAUCCUGUUGGGAAUCCCGCACACGGAGGGGCUGGAGACUCUACUCUUUGUCCUGUUCUUGCCCUUCUAUGCCUGCACCCUGCUGGGAAACAUGUCGAUCCUUGUAACUGUUCUUUUUUCCAGUCGCCUUCACACACCCAUGUAUUUUUUCCUGGGGAACUUGUCUGUGUUUGACAUGAGUUUCUCCUCUGUGACCUGUCCUAAAAUGCUGCUCUACCUCAUGGGCCUGAGCCCACGUAUUUCCUACAAGGACUGUGUCUCCCAGCUCUUCUUCUUCCAUUUCCUCGGCAGCAUUGAGUGUUUCUUGUACACCGUGAUGGCCUAUGACCGCUUCACCGCCAUUUGUCACCCGCUGCGGUACGCAGUCAUCAUGAGCCCUAGAGUCUGCGUGGCCUUGGCUGUGGGCACGUGGCUGCUAGGAUGUGUCCAUUCCAGCGUCCUGACUUUGCUUACCUUCACCCUGCCAUACUGUGGUCCCAAUGAAGUGGCUCACUUCUUUUGUGAUAUUCCAGCACUCUUACCCUUGGCCUGUGCUGAUACAUCCUUGGCCCAGAGGCUGAGUUUCACUAACGUUGGCCUAGUAUCUCUAGUCUGCUUUCUCCUAAUCCUUGUGUCUUAUACUCGGAUCACCAUCUCCAUCUUGUGGAUUCCAUCAGCUGAGGGCCGUCGCCGGGCCUUCUCCACAUGCAGUGCCCACCUCAUUGCCAUCCUCUGUGCCUAUGGACCCAUCAUUACUGUCUACCUGCAGCCCACACCUAACCCCAUGCUAGGAACCGUGGUGCAAAUUCUGAUGAAUCUGGUGGGACCAAUGCUGAACCCUUUAAUCUACACCUUGAGGAAUAAAGAAGUAAAAACAGCUCUGAAAAAAGUAUUGCACAGGAAAAACCAUGUUCUUGUGAUUUAAAAAGAAUGGCUGGAAAGGUUGAUGAUGUGGAAUUCUUUCUGCCUCAAUAUGUGAAAUUUUUCUCUGGAAUUCUUACAUGUGUCUUUUCAGCUCAUGCUGAAUGCUGUGGAUGGGUAUGUCAAAAUAUGUCAUCAUUUUGUCUGUUUUAUUUUCUUGUAUUACCUAAGCCCCUCCUCAUAGCUUCAGAAUAGCAUGUUGUUGUUAUUCAGUCACUAAGUCAUGCCUGACUCUUUGACCCCAUGGACUGUAACCCACCUGGCUCCUCUGUCCAUGGGAUUCUCCAGGCAAGAAAACUGGAGUGGGUUGCCAGUUCCUUUUCCAGAGGAUCUUCUCAACCCAGGAAUUGAACCCACUUCCCCUGUAUUCGAAAGCAGAUUAUUUACCACUGAGCACCAGAGAAACCCUCAAAAUAGUAUAGUUUUGUUAUUUUGCUUUCCUUCUGUGGAGAAUCUCUUCCCACUAAAAGGAAGGAAGAUUGCCUUUGCCAUUGCACUUUUCCUACCUUUUCUACUUUAUUUCCUGCUAAACUUUUUGUGAGAUAGGACAGUGAAAGAUGAACUCCCCAGGUUGGCAGGUGUCCAGCAUGCUACUGGAGAUUGCUGCUGCUGCUGCUAAGUCACUUCAGUUGUGUCUGACUCUGUGCGACCCCACAGAUGGCAGCC